CGCAAAAGAGGAAGAAAACUGCACAAUGGUCCCUCAAUUUCCAGAAGCUUUCAAACCAACCCAAGUCCCUUUCCAAAAAGGUACAGCACAGAAGUUUGUACAACCUUCAGGGACAGGAACAGACCUAGGUUUCUUUUCACUCGACGAUCUAUCGAACCCAUUACCAGACGAGGUGGACCCACUUGUAAUAUCCGCAGAGACAGUGAUCUCACCAAGCUCGGGUUCAGAGGAACCAUUAGUUCACAAGCAAAUCACGCUAGCGUGUUUGGAGAAGACUGACGAUGGAUCUUUCAAAGUGAAAGUCAUGAAACAGAUCUUAUGGAUCGAAGGAGCUAGAUAUGAGCUACGUGAGUUGUAUGGUAUCGAUAACUCGACCGCACAAGAUGAUGAUGUUGCGUCAGGGUUAGAGGAUAGUGGUGACAAAGAAUGUGUUAUUUGCUUGACUGAACCUAAGGACACCGCCGUGAUGCCUUGUAGACAUUUGUGUUUGUGCAGUGACUGCGCUAAAGAACUGAGGUUUCAGUCAAAAAAAUGUCCCAUUUGUCGACAACCUUUCGAUGAGCUUUUAAUGAUUAAAGUGGAAAGUAGCAAUGAACAACACUGAAAAAGAGGUUUCUUCUUUGCUUCACUCUUAAGUUUGUUUCUUUUGUCUCUUGAAAGCCUCAAAUCAAAUUCUUUUACCUUUUUUACUUAUACAAACCCUGUCUGAUGUUUUCUCAUUUCAUACUCUUCACAGAUUUGUUGGUUUUAGUUUCGAAAAUUUGAAAGAAAAACAUCAGUAUUGUAUAUAUUUCUAAUGGCUUCUAGAGAAGCUCUCUAUUUGUUUCUUUCUGCGUGAAGCACUCAUCA